UACGCAUCCUUCGUGAUACGCCAUUACACGGCGUUACACGGCGUUACACGGCGUUACACACACCGCGCCGCUUAACUGUGCGCGCAUGCACGACCGACCGCGCGGGAGGAGGCUCGGAGGGGCGGGGAGGGACAAUUCCGCGGGGCGCCUGUACGCGCGAUAAGUAGUGCAAAUUUGACGUUGCACUCUCCGUCGCCGUCGAGGGAGAGAUAACAAUUUACGCGUUAAUAUAUUAGCCGAGCGCGACGUAUCUUUACGAGAACGCCCCGGCGCAAACACUCUUGUAACUGAGACGUUUGACAACGCAAACGUCGGGGGUCGUUCACCCGGCCGGUAAGCGGCUUAUAGGGUAUAAAGGGUUCGGCUGCUCAUCCCGCCCGGUUAUUUCGUUGAAAAUCGCGCGCUAUGGAGCUGACGUACUCGCUCGUGCAACUGCUCGCCAUCCUGAGUGCGGCGCACGCGUCGGUGGUGCGUCUGAAGGAGACCGAGGCCGCUGGGGGGGUCAGCACCGAGACGGUCAGCGAGGAGCAGCGAAAGAUACACCAGGAGUGUCGGAAUCCGGACUACAAGAAAUAUAUAAUGUGUCUAAUGAGGCCGAAGCGACAUUAUAACCAUGCGGAUAUACUGACGGAUAAUGAUCCGGUGCACUGUUUGGAAGCGUGCCUAAAGAAAUGCAGCGUGGAUCACGACUGCGACAAGAAAUGUAGCCAUUGCACAAAGAGGACCAAACACCGCCACCAAAUCGUCACAGAGUACGAGUUAAAUUGCGAGUCGGGAAAUUGCUACGGAAGCGACGACUUGAGGGCCACUAACAUUACAACGAACAUUGAUAUCAAUAAUAUUAUCCACACCUAUCCCAACGGUACAGGGCCAGGUACUGGUCCUGGGACUGGUCCCGGGACUGCCACCGGAACUGCCACUGGAACUGAAACCGAAACUGGUACCGGUCCCAAAACUCAUCCCGGAACUGGAACUGGAACCGGAACUGGUAUCGAUAUUGGUGUUGGUAUCGGUACCGGCACCGGCACCGGCACCGGCGUCGGCACCGGCGCUGGCACUGGUAUCGGUAUCAAUGAAACCGGCACCGCCGGUAUCGCCGUGCCAUCGAUACCUCUGGUGCCUCAGAUUUCGAUGGUGCCGCAAAUUACGUACGGGAUAAAUCUCGCGGGUGGAUGCGUCUUCAGCACGUGGCUUUGCAUCCAACAAGGUGGCAUGAGGAGAACGCAGCCUUCGAAUGUGCAGCCUGACUGCUCUGUAUGCGGCAAUCCUCUUCUGCAUCACCGAUGCAACGUAACGUUUUGUUACACCGCGACCAGCGUUGGUACGGCUUGCAAGAGCCCGGCCUGCAUCGGCGGUUCCGCCGUUCCGUAAGAUUUUCGAAUGCAUCGCGGAGCAGGCGGAGAAGAAGGAUGGAAAAGAGAUUAUUCGAUCGUUGUAUGUUUGCUGCACUAUAAUAAUUUGUACACUGAAUACACGCAAAGCAGCACCGUUCUCGAUGAACAAGCGUUAGUAAUCAGCCAUAAAACGUAGCGCUAGAUCCAACACGGAGUGAUCCCCCCUACAUUUAACUUGCUGAGACAAUUAUAUGUACGAUGGUCAGUUUCCUACUAGGGACAGUUUGCAAAAUAAAGGCAACGUUGCUACAGGAACCUUGUGCUUCGUGCUCGGCCACGAGCAUGUGGAUUUUACUUGCAAUUACAAUU